CAACUAUGUAUUUUUUUAAGAAUUUUAAAAUUUUCAAGACUUUUUUCAACUAUAAGAGUUGUGAGUAACUUUUAAUAAUUGAGCAAUUAUCAUUCAUUUUCUUUCCUCGUUUAUCAAAUCACUCUUUCUUUAUUAGAGAAACAACUCGGACGAAUAAAUCGUUUAUUAUGGAGCUUCGUACAUACGUACAACCUGAAUAAUCAUAUUGCGAUAAUUAUCCACUUGACGGCUCGUAAUCGGGGGUUCACAAUUCGACGUCGACAAUGCGAUUUUGACAUUUACAAUUAGUCGAAUGAUCGCUCGCAGAUUACGAGCUGUCUCAAAAAUGCGUGAACGAAUCAAUGAAAGAUGCAUGGACAAUCACUAUCUUUGCUAAAUAAAUUUUUUUUUGCGAGACUAACAACCGGAGAUUAAAUUAGUUUUUAUAAUCGUCUCAUUCCAUUUAUUUAACACUUUUCGCAAUAUGAACUAACGGUCCUCGAAUUAGAGAAGAUGAUUUUAAUAAAUUACACCAAAUUUAAUACAUUAACAUAAUUAAGAAGUAAGUAUAUAAGAUGUAGACCUUCAAAUAGGACUCAUUGAGGGUAUAUAACGCGGGACCGCGACAUCGAUGUUAUUCUGCUAUCUUUCUCCGCGAAGACACUGAGGCAGAGACGACCCUGACAGCACGUGCAUGCGUCGUUCGCGUUUAUAUCGAGCACUGCAAUUGCGUUCGUUGCCGAGAGAGCACCUGGCAGCGCCCACGAAAAAGCAGAUUAAACGAUCCGCCGUGGAUGCAGCCGGGAGCGGGCAGUGGCGGGGCCCAUCCGGGUGGGACAGGUGACGAUGAGGCCCCGAAAGACCCGGGAGCGCGGAUUACUCAUCAGUCUUACACGGAAAAAGAUUAUGAAGGUCACAGGGCGCACACGGUGUAUGUGGGCGUGCAUUUGCCAGGGGAAAGGAGACACCGCCGGCACCAUAAGCACCACCAUUCACAACGACAGCCCGGCGGUAAGGAGGACGCUGACAACGAUAGACCGAGACAAUUGUUGAUGGCGCGCAGGGGUCGUCUCGCUAGCAUCUGCGACCCCGCCGGCGAGAUGAUAUUCACUCCGCCAGCCCAGAGAGUACAGUUCAUCCUUGGCGAGGAGGUCGGUGACGAUGCCCACGAAUCGCAUCCGCUUUUCUCAGAGAUGGAGGAGCUUGUCAAGGAUGGCGACGAAAUGGAAUGGAAGGAAACAGCGAGAUGGAUCAAGUUCGAAGAAGAUGUCGAGGAAGGUGGCAAUAGGUGGAGCAAACCUCAUGUUGCUACUUUAUCACUGCAUUCGCUCUUUGAAUUAAGGAGCCUCCUUUUAAACGGGACCGUCAUGCUCGAUAUGGAAGCAGGCAGUUUAGAACAAAUAUCUGAUCUUGUUCUCGAUAAUAUGAUUAAUAAAGGAGUACUAUCGGUCGACUUGCGAGAAAAGGUGAGAGAAGCCCUUCUCGUCCGACAUCGGCACCAACACGAAAGACGUAAAGACAAUAACAUGUCGAAGUUACCGAUCAUAAGAUCGUUAGCUGAGAUAGGACGUAACCAUUCCUCCUCGAAGAAUUGCGACUGUUCAUGUGGUAUGCAUGCCUUGUUGACGUCAGAUUUGCAGGAGCGUCGUGAUCCGAAGGACGCAUACGUGCCGUCCGUCUCCCGUAGCAGCAGCUGCCCAAACUCGAACACAGCCCCCCUGUCGAAAGAGGCGAAAGACCUCAAAGGGCCGUACCUUCUGGUUCCAGUGGAGGAAUCGAAUUCCGCUCCGGCGAUCGCCGGCGCAACAAGUCAGGGCAGUGGAGCAGCGCUGAAUGCUGGUAGCCGCUUCCUUGCGAUACCCGGCAAUCCCGGCCAAGAACCAGGCAGCAACGGUAUGGACCGGAGCCCUAGCAGCGUGUCUAUCAGCAGAAAUCACAGCUCCUCCGCUUUGGAAAAUGGAGACGCUAAUCACAGGGGUAAUACGCACUUUAUGAGGAAGAUACCAGCCGGCGCCGAGGCAAGCAACAUACUCGUAGGUGAGGUCGAUUUUCUCGACAAGACUUUGUCCGCAUUCAUCCGGUUAAGCCAGGCCGGGAUAAUGGGGGACCUGACAGAAGUUCCUGUUCCGACGAGAUUCAUCUUCGUCCUCCUGGGGCCCAUGGGUGGGAUUUCGGGUUUUCACGAGAUCGGCCGAGCAAUGGCGACCUUGAUGUCUGACGAAGUCUUCCACGAUGUGGCUUACAAGGCAAAAAAUAGAAAUCAUCUCUUAGCUGGUAUUGACGAGUUCCUAGAUGCUGUGACGGUAUUACCACCCGGUGAAUGGGAUCCGGCAAUCAGAAUAGAACCGCCAGCCGCUAUACCAUCGCAGGAAGUUAGAAAGAGACCCAAGGAGGAAAAGCCUAAAGAAGAGUUCGACGAAGAAGCUGACGAACAAAAACUAAGAGAGGAAUCUGGCCUUUCGAGAUCCGGUAGACUGUUCGGCGGUCUGAUCAACGACUUUAAGAGAAAAGCUCCAUUUUACCUAUCCGACUUCAAAGAGGCCCUAGCCCUUCAAUGUGUCGCGUCCUUCAUUUUCUUGUAUUUUGCCUGCUUGUCGCCCAUUAUUACUUUUGGUGGCCUUCUCAGCGAGGCCACCGGAAAGAACAUGGCCGCUAUGGAAUCGCUGGUCUCUGGUUUCGUCUGCGGCAUAGGAUAUGGCUUUUUCUCUGGUCAGCCUUUAACUAUACUCGGUUCCACUGGUCCGGUUCUGGUUUUCGAGACGAUUGUCUACGAAUUUUGCAAGCAGGUCGACUGGAGUUACAUGUCUUUCCGUUUCUGGAUAGGUACAUGGAUUUCUUUAAUUUUGAUGAUUCUCGUGGCUCUUGAUGCAAGUGCUUGCGUCUGUUACAUCACUCGAUUUACGGAAGAAAAUUUUGCCACUCUUAUCGCCUUUAUUUUUAUCUAUAAGGCUAUUGAAAAUGUGAUGUCAAUCGGCAAGAAAUAUCCUUUAAACACCUACUCCAGCGACACAAUGGAUUACGAUUGCUGGUGCAAACCACCAAAUGUCAGUCUGCCAUCCAGUUAUGAUAACAUGAAUUGGACGACGUUGGAUAAAACAGCUUGCGAGAAUUACAAUGGCACUAUGGUGGGCGAUGACUGCAGCGUACCGCAAUAUGUACCCGACGUGUUCCUUAUGUCAAUUAUCCUAUUCAUGGGCACGUUUUUACUAUCGGUAGAGCUCAAGGAUUUCAAGAACGCAUUAUUCUUUCCUUCAAAGGUCAGGCAAGUCGUGAGCGAUUUUGCAGUAAUAAUCGCGAUAUUCUCUAUGAGCACAUUGGAUCAUUUUGUGGGCAUUCCAACGCCGAAAUUGGAGGUGCCAACGGAAUUCAAGCCAACAUUAGAGGGACGAGGAUGGAUAAUCUGGCCUUUUCAGAGGAAUCCAUGGUGGAGUGCUAUCGGGGCAUGCCUUCCCGCUUUAUUGGGCACUAUAUUGAUCUUUAUGGAUCAACAAAUCACGGCCGUUAUUGUUAAUAGAAAAGAGAACAAGUUAAAGAAAGGAUGCGGCUAUCAUCUGGAUCUUUUCAUUCUGGCAAUCCUGAUUGAGAUAUGCUCGGUGAUGGGACUUCCAUGGUUCGUCGCAGCGACAGUCCUCUCCAUAAAUCACGUGAACUCAUUGAAGUUGGAAUCUGAGUGUGCAGCGCCAGGCGAGAAGCCGCACUUUUUAGGUGUCCGCGAGCAGAGGGUUACUCACAUAUUAAUUUUCUUGAUGAUCGGAUGCUCGGUGCUCCUAACACCGAUGCUAAGAAACAUACCGAUGCCGGUGCUGUUUGGUGUCUUCCUGUAUAUGGGUGCCGCGUCGCUAAAAGGUCUGCAGUUCUUCGAUAGGAUUCUGAUAAUGUUGAUGCCCGUUAAGUAUCAGCCAGACUACAUGUUUCUUCGCCAGGUUCCGCUGAAACGAGUACACAUGUUCACUGCAAUUCAGCUUACUUGCCUCGCCUGCCUAUGGCUCAUUAAAUCUUUCAGCCAUACCUCUAUUCUGUUUCCUUUAAUGCUUGUGGUAAUGAUCGGCAUACGCAAAUCCCUGGAUUUUAUAUUUACGCAACGCGAGCUGAAAAUCCUCGACGACAUAAUGCCGGAACCAAGCAAGAAACACGCCGACGAUCUUCGUAAGCUGGAGAACGGCGAGGAUCAGAACGAAACGAUGAGAUAUGGACCCCCGGGAAACAUUCAGAUCUCUUUGGCUAACGGCAACAUCAUGAAGAUUCCUUUGGCGAGUAUCAAUAUCAGCGAGGAAGUGAACAAAACUGGCAUCUGGCAACAGGUCAACGAGGGUAACGAAAAAACGAAGCAGUCCAAAUCACUAAUCAAUGUGGGAAAGCAGAAGAAGCAUCCGAAGAAAGACAACUCGCUGCUAGCCGACGAGACAACGAGGUUGACGACAAUGACUGAAGAAGACGAAGAUGACAGUGGAAUCUCGAUCAAGGUAGAUUUAAUACGAUCCAAGGAUAGCAUCAGUCCUUUAAAAGCGAAUGGUACUACCUCAGCAGAAACUUCCGUUUAACAAGAAGACAACAGAAACAAACAUGUAUUGAUGCAGUACACAAGUAUUUUAAUUGAUCGUUUCAAGACUUUCAUUUGGAAUUUCUACUCUGCAAUCUCUAUUCUUAUUUCAAAAAUCUCUCCCUCAGUCAUCAUAGAUCAUAUCAUUUAACUCCCUGAAAUCUUAUAUCUCUCUAUAAAGUAUAAUAUAUGUAUAAUAUCCACUUUCAUCAUUUACCUUUCGUCUUUAAUUAUAUCAUAUUUGCAUUAUAUUUAGCGAACAACGCGAACAGUCGCUUCCUCGCUAAUAUUAUGCAAUUUAUACUUAAAUGUAAAUGAGAUACACCACCUAUAUUCUCAAUGUGUUUGUACAUAGAAAGAAUUUAACAAAGCUUGCCAAUAGUAUCCAAUUGUGAUUUUAUGAAACCUCUGAUAAAGUAAUGAUAUCUAUUGCUACAAAGCAGUCUAUUUUAGUAAUUAUUUAUGCAACAAUCAAUUCUACUUUGUUAAUAUUGUUGCGUGUGAAUUGCAAGGAUACGUAAACAGAGAGAAAUAAAAAAAAUAUUAAAGAAAAA